AUGAGAUAUAUAUUCAUAUCCAAUGUUUCAUUACUAGAUGGAGGCGCUUGCGGAUUUCGAAGCGAUGUAAAAAAUGCCCCAUACAAUGGAUUGAUAUCUGCUGGAAAUGAAAACAUAUACAAGUCAGGGGCAGGUUGCGGGGCUUGUUAUCAGGUAAAAUGUACAGAAAAUGCAGCAUGCUCAGGAAAUCCAGUUACAGUAACCAUUACCGAUGAGUGUCCUGGUUGCAGUGACGCUCGUUUUCACUUUGACGUAAGUGGGAAAGCUUUUGGAUACAUGGCCAAGCCUGGUCUAGCCAAUACAUUACGUGGAGCUGGAAAAAUCAGCAUUCAAUAUCAAAGAGUUCCAUGUUCGUAUCGUUCCACAAAAAUAGCUUUUAAGACUGACCCUGGUUCUUACAACCCCGACUAUUUAUCCUUUGAAAUUGAGUAUGUAAAUGGAGAUGGUGAUCUUGCUUCAGUUUACCUAAUUCCUUCAAAAACAAAUAAAAUGAUUCCAAUGCAAAGAGCAUAUGGUGCAACAUGGAAAGCUCAAAUUCCCCGAGGCAAUUUUGGCCCAUACUCUGUGAGGCUCACUACUGUUGAGUCCAGAAAAUCGAUUGUGGCCGCAAAUGUGAUUCCAGCUGAUUGGAAAUCAAACGACAUCUACAGAUCAAAAGUGAAUUUUUGA